AUGGGCCGUAAGAAGCAUAGACCAGCGCCCGCGCCGGAGAUUUAUCAAAGGCAUUCAUUUGGCCUACCGCCGGUUCCCACCGCACCACCAUUAUCGCCAAUUCGUGGCGAUAAUGUUUAUCCCGGGAAACUGCCACCAAUGCCCGUUCCACCAAUGCAUUCCGCGUACCACGUCCAGCCAUCAACAGCAAAUCAUGUACCAGAUCGAAUUGCUCGGUUCAAUGUCGUUGAAACUGAACGUCUAGCAAAAAGGCAUAAUCCGCAACUGUACACUAAGAGGAAAUGCACAGACGUAUUUUGUUGUUUUCUGUUUUUCUUAUUCAUAGUUGGAUGGGGCGUUGUUGCGGCUUUUGGAAUUAUGUGGGGAGACCCUCAACGGCUAAUCUUUUCCACUGAUUCAGAGUUUCGACGAUGCGGAUCAAUUGUUCCAAACUACUAUAACUUCAGUAAUCGUCCUUUUCUUUUAUACUUUGAUUUGACAAAAUGUAUAAGUUAUGCGACUGCACUCGGAGGAUGCCAGACUACGCAGAUAUGCGUGGAAAAGUGCCCUUCUUCGUACUAUUCCUACCUGCAAUUAAGGAAGGCAUCGCCGCAGGAAAUUCAAAAACAGGUGCAAAAUAUGGUCUAUUGUACUGAUGAUGUUGAUAAAAACAGCAUCAAUUCAUUCCAAGUACUUCAGCAACUCGUAGAAAAACAAAAAUGCGUUUCCUAUACGGUUAAAUCGGUUCCAGUGCUACAAAGAUGCUUUCCUGAAGCGAUCUUUACUGCAGCUGACAAAGUCAACACAGUUUUGAAUAGUAAUAAUUCUCUUGAUUUUCUUCGAUCACAGUUUGGCGACGAUGGAUCAAUUCCUCAAGAUAAAGAUAUUACUGGACAGAGCGGAGAAGCUAUUAAGCAUGUAAUGGAAGAGCAGCCAAUGUUCAAUAAAAUUGUGCACGAUCUCUCCCAAACUUGGUGGCAGAUUUUGGUCCUCAUUAUCGCUGCUGGAAUUCUUGCAUUUUUAUGGACCGUUGUGAUGAGACUUCUAGGAGCUUUCAUCAUUUGGCUAUCAAUUUUUAUUGUGAUUGGUGCUCUUGGAGUUGGUACCGGUUAUAGUUGGCAUCAGUGGAAUGAGCUAAAACAAUCUGGAGCAAUUGAUGAUUACUCAUUUCAUCCAGCAUUUGAUGUUUAUUUUGAAAUGCCAACAACAUGGCUUGUAUUCGCCAUUGGAACGAGUGCAGUUCUUGUAGUUCUCCUUCUCAUAUUAAUAUUCAUACGAAAACGUAUUACUAUUGCGUGCGCAUUGAUAGGAGAAUCAAGCAUAGCUAUCGGAAGUAUGAUGUCCACUUUACUAUUUCCAUUGUUUCCAUUUUUACUUCAUAUCGGAGUGUUUGCUCUUUGGGGAUCCAUCGCAAUAUGGUUGGCGUCGUCUGGUCAGGAAAUCUGUAGACUGAGAGAUGCAAAUGGGGCACUAUACAAUACCUCGCAAAAAUGUGAAUGCGGUUCGAAAAAUCCAAGCUGUGUUUAUAUUGGAAUCGAUAAAGAAAGCGAAACUGUUUUCUGGUUGCAAGUCUACAAUUUGUUUGGAUUCUUCUGGUUGUCUUGCUUCGUAACAGCUCUCGGCGACAUUGCUUUGGCUGGAGCAUUUGCAUCAUACUACUGGGCUCGAGACAAACGACGAGAUGUUCCAAGCUUUCCGGUUUGGCGGGCACUUAAACGAGCUCUUCGAUACAAUUUGGGUUCUAUUGCAUUUGGUUCCCUGAUUAUUGCGAUUGUGAAAAUAAUUCGAGUUAUGCUUGAAUAUAUUGACAACAAGUUUGGAAAAUCGGAGAACAAAGCCAUUAAGACAAUACUAAUGUGCCUCAAAUGCUGCUUCUGGUGCCUUGAAGUUUUCUUCAAAUUCCUUACUAAAAAUGCUUACAUUAUGAUUGCGAUUUACGGAAAGAAUUUCUUCUCAUCUGCUAAGGAUUCAUUCCUGCUAAUUACUCGCAAUAUUGUGCGAACUGUUGUAAUCCACAAAGUAGCGGGUAUUCUUUUGUUUAUUGGAAAAGCCAUGAUUACUAUUGGAAUGGGUCUUGUUAGUUUCUAUUACUUUUCGGGUAAAUGGGUUGUCGAUGGUCUACCAAGAGUUGAUGUUUACUAUUACUUUGUGCCCAUUAUUAUUGUUGUAAUAGGCAGUUAUUUCAUGGCCGAUCUCUUCUUUGACGUUUACGAAAUGGCCGUUGAUACAACAUUUAUUUGUUUCUUGGAAGAUAGUGAACAAAACGAUGGAAGUCCUGAAAGGCCGUUCUACAUGUCGCAGAAACUGCUCGAUAUUCUCGGGAACCGAAAUGAAAUUCCACUGACUUCAAAAUGA